UGCGUGCGCAACGCCCUGUCUGCUUGUUAUUCUCUUGAACAAGAUGGCUGUCGUUCUCGAGAACGGUGUUCUGACAUUCAGCGUCUAUAAAUGGAGCUCUUACUCCUCUACAUAUUUACCCGAGAAUAUCUUGGUCGACAAACCUAACGAUCAGUCUUCCAGGUGGUCCUCGGAGAGCAACUACCCUCCUCAGUUUUUAGUCUUAAAAAUGGAAAGGCCGGCAGUUGUUCAGAGCAUCACCUUUGGGAAGUAUGAAAAGACUCAUGUCUGCAACCUGAAGAAGUUUAAAGUGUUUGGUGGAAUGAGUGAAGAGAACAUGACCGAACUUUUGUCUAGUGGCCUGAAGAAUGACUACAACAAGGAAACAUUCACCUUAAAGUACAAGAUUGAUGAGCAGAUGUUUCCCUGCAGAUUUGUUAAAAUAGUGCCUCUGAUGUCCUGGGGUCCUAGUUUUAAUUUCAGCAUCUGGUAUAUUGAGCUGCAUGGUAUUGAAGAUCCUGAUGUGGUGCAACCUUGCCUUAACUGGUAUAGCAAGUACAGAGAGCAGGAAGCCAUCCGCCUUUGCCUCAAGCACUUCCGGCAGCAUAACUACACAGAGGCCUUUGAGUCGCUGCAGAAAAAGACUCGAAUAGCACUAGAGCACCCCAUGCUCACCCACCUGCAUGAUCGACUAGUGCUACAAGGAGACUUUGAUGCCUGUGAGGAGCUCAUAGACAAAGCUGUGAGAGAUGGUUUGUUUAACCACUAUAUCAGCCAGCAGGAGUACAAACCCAGAUGGAGUCAGAUUAUCCCAAAAUGUAACAAAGGUACAGGCAUCCCAGAAAUCAACCGAGAUGACAUAAACGGUGAUGGUGAUGACAACAGGCCAGGAAUGAGGGGGGGACAUCAAAUGGUCAUUGACGUCCAGACUGAGACUGUCUAUCUGUUUGGCGGCUGGGAUGGCACACAAGACCUGGCUGACUUUUGGGCUUACAGUGUUCAGGAUAAUCAGUGGGCCUGCAUCUCCAGAGACACAGAGAAAGAGAAAGGUCCAAGUGCUCGUUCCUGUCACAAGAUGUGCAUCGACUCCCAUCGGCAUCAAAUCUACACACUGGGUCGAUAUCUGGACUCCAGUGUCAGGAACAGCAAGUCUCUGAAGAGUGACUUCUUCUGCUAUGACAUUGAUGCAAACACCUGGACACUACUAAGUGAGGACACAUCUGCAGAUGGAGGGCCAAAGUUGGUGUUCGACCAUCAGAUGUGCAUGGAUUCAGAGAAGCACAUGAUCUACACUUUUGGCGGUCGGAUCCUGACAUGUAAUGGAAGCGUGGAAGAUGCUCGGACAUCAGAGCCUCAGUUCAGUGGCCUGUACGCCUACCAUUGCCAGGAUAGAACAUGGAGCCUCUUGCGUGAAGACUCAUGCAACGCCGGGCCAGAAGACAUCCAAUCUCGCAUUGGACACUGCAUGCUCUUCCACACUAGGAAUCGCUCUCUUUAUGUUUUUGGUGGUCAGAGGUCAAAAACAUAUCUCAAUGAUUUCUUCAGCUAUGAUGUUGAUGGAGACCAUGUAGAGAUUAUAUCUGAUGGGACAAAGAAGGACUCUGGCAUGGUGCCGAUGACCGGCUUUACCCAAAGAGCCACCAUAGACCCCGAGCUCAAUGAAAUCCAUGUGCUGUCAGGCCUCAGCAAAGACAAGGACAAACGUGAGGAGAAUGUCCGUAACUCCUUCUGGAUCUAUGACAUUGCCCGAAACAAUUGGUCAUGUGUGUAUAAGAAUGAUCAGGCUGCAAAAGAUAAUCCGAGUAAAGCUCUCCAGGAGGAGGAGCCAUGCCCACGCUUUGCACACCAGCUGGUGUACGAUGAAAUGCACAAGGUUCAUUACCUCUUUGGUGGAAACCCUGGAAAGUCUUGUUCUCCCAAGAUGCGUUUGGAUGACUUUUGGUCUCUCAAAUUGUGCAGGCCUUCUAAGGAGUAUCUUCUUCGUCACUGCAGAUACCUCAUCAGGAAAUACAGAUUUGAGGAAAAAGCUCAGUCAGAGCCAAUAACUGCACUAAAGUACCUUCAGAAUGAUCUGUCUCUCACUGUGGACCACACAGACCCCGGUGAGACCCAAGAGUUUCAGCUCCUGCCCUCUGCUCUCUUCAAGUCUGGCUCUGAUUUCAUCCCACUGGGUUUUUCAGAUGUGGACCAGACGUAUGCUCAGCGGACACAGCUCUUUGACACACUUGUCAACUUCUUCCCAGAUAGUAUGACUCCGCCCAAGGGCAACCUAGUAGACCUCAUCACCCUUUAGCCCCUCCCCUCUCUGAUACAUCCCUCCAUCACCCAUCACUCCACCCACUGGACUGACUUAUACAGCCCAAGCAACUGAUGGAUGAACCACACUAGUUAUCUUUCUAUUCCAGAAAUUUCUUUGUGGUGUGGAUUAGCUCUGCUUCAUCACUGUGACAUGCUGAUGUCACAAUCUGUGUAAAUAUAGGUGAACGUCAUAAACACAUUAACAUCACUUUCAUUUCACAAAGACUUCAUCAGCUGAGGUUUGUCUGUGUUUCAGUCCGAAACACAGACAAAUUAUUUAGACCAUUAUUUUAUUUUCAAGUCUUUUUUUUUUCUAUGAAAAGGCUAAUAUUUUUACUCACACAAAUAUCUUCAAAGUCCACUAUCGGCCUCCGCAUGUUUGAGGGAAAGAAAAGUAUGAUGGGACAUUCAGGCACAUUAUAGUGAAAGCAAAAAAGUGGUCUUUUUUAGUUUAAUUAAAAUUAAAAUAACAGCUAUGUUUCAGCUAUCUGCUACUCUCCCAAAUUAUUGAAUCUUAUAUGCAAAAUCUUAGGACACAUCUAUUAUUUACAGCUUAUGGUUUGAUUGUCAUUUACAUAAGAUUUCUGUUCUCACUUACUUAUGUACUAAACUUAAUUCAAUGGGUUUAGAUACUAUACAGAUAAAUUAAUUAUACAUAAAUGUAGCUUUGAAGAUUCCUGAAUUGAGCACAUAGUUGAUGCUCCUUGUCCUCCUUCAGAACACCAAGAUUCACUCAGAGAAACCUUCUGGCUCUACUGUAAUACUCGCUAGGAUUUGGCAGUAUCCAGAUUUUGAUCAGGUGAAACACAUUUUGCCACAGUAUUACAGUAAUAAAAACUGAUGUGAAAGGGCUUAAAGGGAGUGCCAAAGGCAGCAAUAGCACACCAGGUCGUGGCCAUUGGUCAAUUUUGGAGAUAGUUCACCCUCUCUACUCCUAAUUGGUUCUCAAUGUGCUGAGAGUAGCAAGUAUUUUUAAUUGUUUUUUUUUUUUGCAAGAGUUGCCCAGAGUCAUCCAUUCUUUUGUGGCUUUUAUAUUUUUCUCUUUCAGUGCAGUGGUAGCAUAAUAACAUCCGGUCAAUAAACUUGAAUCAACAGAUACGGAAAAAAUACUACAGAAACUGAAAAGUCAACCUCACAGACAGAUGUGGUGGACAAAACAGGAAUUAAAUAAGGUAUACUUAUAUAUAUUAUAAGAACCAUAAUUUAUGCACAUCGCAAAGCUGUUUUUUUGACGUCAUAAUUAAAUUGUUUGAAUGUUUGGUGCAUUGACAUGGUUUAUAUAGCAGAGAUGAGUAAUAAUUCAAUUGCUACCAGGUAAAAAUUUAAAAACAACCAUCUAAAUUGCAUACACAGAAAUCCGACCACUCUUACUUAGAAGUAUCCAUCCAUCCAUUUUCUACUGCUUUAUCCUCCACAGGAGGGUUUCGGGGGGUGCAGUGCUGUGUCUCAGCUGACAUAGGAAGUUUGCCAUUUCAUCGCAGGGCCACAUAUAGAGACAAACCACCAUUCACUCUCACAUUCACACCUACGGUCAAUUUGAAGUGUCCAAUUUACCUUAUACCCAUAUUGCAUGUUUUCGGACUGUGGGAGGAAGCCCAUGCACACACGGGGAGUACAUGAAAACUCCAUGCAGAAAGGCCCUUGCUCGAACCCGGGCCUUCUUGCUGAAAAGGCAAGAGUGCAAACCACUACAACAAAUGUGUGGUCCUUCUGUCACACAAUCAUGCUUUGAUUUUGGGUUCUUUGCUGAUUGGUGUCGACUGCAGUUGGUGGUAGUGAGUCUUGAACACAAUUGUUUUUUCUGUGGGAGUAACAUCAUUAAUAUAAUUUAUUUUCAAAUACUAAUCUGCAGAGGGACUUUGGGGAUCUAGAGCCCAUCCCAGCUGAAGGGGCAAAAGGCAGGAUACACCCUUGUCAGAUCACCAGUUAAUCAUAGGGCCAACAUACAAAGAGAAAAAAAAUAAACAUCUCCAUUCACACUGGAGUCUCUGAAAUAUUUUUACAAAUCCCCUUGCAGUGUGCCAUGGACAGCCGUUUGGAAAACCCUGCUAUACCUCUAUCUCUUUGUGUCUUAUGUGUUCACUUUCUGUCACAGUCUGAAAGAAAAAUCUUUGAAAAAACCCAUGUUUCACAAUGAUUACAUUUAUUUUGUUAAACAAAAACAUGCUAUAGGUAUAAAAAAAAAAUGGAAAACCAUGAAAGGUAACACUUUGACAAGUAAUGUUUUUUUUCUGAGCUAGUGUCUUUGUCUUAGGGCACAGCAAGGUAAAGGAAAAUGUACUGUUGUCUAAAAAAAAAAAAAAAAAACUAAAAUAAUCAUUUUCACAAUGACAUUGCAUAUCUGCAAUUGCAAUUUGAUAUUUUCCAUUGUCAUCAACAUCUAAAAAUAUAAAUGGUGAGCCUGCUCCAGCCCAAACAUGACUCCCAUGCAAAAGUGUUGUGAUCAGUGAGGCCUAUUCCUUUAUUUUUGCAUUACACUGAAAAUAUUUUGGUUCAACAUCAAAAGAUUAAUACAGAGGAAAAAGGCAAUAAGAAUUGGAUGGUCUGAUUGGAAUUUGAUAAAGGUUAAUCUUUGUUACAUAAGUCUAUAAAACUUUGUCCUAGAACAUUUGAACCUUGUCUAUACCUUUUGGCAAAGUGAUGGAAAGUUUGGAGAAAGAAACAAUCUGCUCAUUAUCCCAAACACGCAAGCUGUUCUGUGAAACACAGUGGAGGUGAUGGCAUGGCUUGGGCUUCUGAGACGAGCUUGUUGAUCUUCAUUGCUGGUUAACACAUGAUAAAAGCAGCGUUAUGAACUUAGAGGUCUACAGAAACAUUGUGUCUGCCUAUGUAACGAUUGAUGAAGACAGAUCCUUCAUCAUGCAGCCAACGACCUAAAACACACUGCCAAAACAACCAAUGUUUGGUUUGAAGAGAUUGAAGGUGUUAAAUGUUACUGUGACUCUUGUUGUGUAGUAUCAUCAUCACUUUAAGUAGUGCUGGUGUUAUGUAAACACCAAGAUGAGAUGGUUCUGUCAAAAAUUGACAAAAACUAACAGAAAUGACCUGCUACUGUAAAGUCCCAAAAUAAAACAUCCUCUACAGUUAAUAGAACUUAUAAAUGAUGAUUUGCUGCUCCAAUUAAGAGAUGAGAUUAUUUUUUAAUAAAAAGACACCAGAUUUGAAAAAGAUGUCUUUAUGAUGUGAAAUGUGAGGGAUAAUUGGCAUGUGGACAUUUAUUUGGCUCAUCAUGCUUGAUCAGCCUUUUUGUGCCAGAACACUGUUUGAAAAAAGAUCCUUUGAACUACUUGGUACAAUUCUCUUAAGUUUUAUGGUAAAGCUCCUCCACACCAAACUUUACUUUAUGAAUUAGUAAUUUUGUAUAAUUUUCCAUUUUUGUCCUAAUCCUGACUCCUGAGUGGUACUGAGUGGUUUUUAAGCUUGUAUACUAUUCAGUAAAUUUGUAGAAAGCCUUGUAGUAUUGUAUUGUAUGUAAUGUAUAUAAUGAAUAAAGACUGUAUUUUGUUCAGGGUUUUUUAAA